UCUUCUCCGAGCGCUCCAUCCUUGAAACUGUGAGGCAAAAGCUCGAGAGUCAUGGCAGCAAACAAGCCAUAUGUUGCCGCAGUUCUCAUACAAAUUGCGUAUGCUGGGUUCUAUGUGAUAUCAAAGGCUGCUUUCGACAAGGGUAUGAGCACAUAUGUGUUCAUCUUUUAUCGGCAAGCUGCUGCUUCUGUACUACUCGCGCCGAUUGCAGUCAUCUUUGAAAGGAAAAGCUCUCAUCCGCUGACCUUUAAGAUAUCAUUGAAGCUGUUCUUGCUUGCAUUACUUGGGAUUACUUGGAGCCUUAACGUGUAUAACAUCGGUCUGAAAUAUACUUCAGCAUCAGUGGCUUCGGCGGCUACAAACUCCAUCCCAGUGUUCACCUUCUUCUUGGCUGUGCUCCUCAGAAUGGAGAGCAUCAAAAUGAGGAGCCUCUCAGGAAUAUGCAAGGCAGUGGGGGUAACAGUAUGCUUGGCUGGUGUGGUCACCAUUGCCUUGUACAGAGGCCCUUAUAUCCAUCCCUUCAAUCUCCUCCCCCACCAUGGCCACAGUACAAGCAACCAAGAUCAUGCCCUGGCUCAUUCCAAGGCCACCUGGAUCAAAGGAUCCUUCUUCAUGAUCAUCGCCAACUUAACCUGGUCCCUGUGGUUAGUCUUACAGGGGAUUGUGUUGAAGGAGUACCCCUCCAAGCUACUUUUCACCACUCUCCAGAGUCUCUUCAGCACCUUUCAGUCUCUCUUUGUUGCAAUGGCAUUUGAGAGGGAUAGCACAAAGUGGAAGUUGCAUUUGGACAUGGGCCUACUUGCUAUUCUCUAUUGUGGGCUUGUCAUAACAGGAGUUUCUUUCUACUUACAGAGCUGGUGUAUUGAGAAGAAAGGCCCUGUUUUUGCUGCAAUCUUCACACCAUUAGCUCUUGUUUUCACCAUGUUAUGUUCAACUAUUUUCUUAGGGGAGAUGAUUUAUCUUGGAAGUAUCAUAGGUGGAAUCCUAAUGGUUGGAGGCCUUUACUGUGUUCUAUGGGGCAAGAGUAAGGAAAGCAUGACUUGUGAGGUCUCAAUUGAAGAUGGAAAACCACCUGUGCAGGAGAAGGAAUCAACAUGAACUAAACCACUUUGAUGUUGUGUUAGCAACAAGUGAUGCAAGCCUUUAUCAUAGUAUUUGUAGUUUUAUAUAUAUAUAUA